AUGGACGCCGCAUACCUGAGCGCUCGCCAGACGGUGGUCAACUCGAACGACCUCCCUCCCGGCUGGGUUAUACAGAAUGGACGGGCGAUUCCAUGGUGGUACAGUCGGACGGGCGUCAUCGUAAAGUGGUCCGUCUUCCUCGGCCUGACGACCCUCUUCGCAGCCUUCCUCAUCAUAGCCUAUGCCCACGGCAAGCGCCGCCUGAGAAAGGGCCUCCUGCCCCUGGGCUACCACCGCUGGCUCUUCAGCCGCGCCCAGCUCGCCCGCGUCGACAGCCGCUACGCCUGGCCCGCCGCCACCUACAACACCUACCGCCCCGAGUACUACAACACCCACCCGCAGGCACAGGGCGGCGGCUACUACGGCAUGCAGGGGAUGCCGCCCCCGACCUACGACCCCAACUCGGCCCGGCCCCCAAUGUAUGCGCCCCCCGACGGCGGCAGCAAGGUCGACCCGUCCCAGGAGUACGGCGUCACGCCGCCGCAGCCCUCUGUUGCGGCGAACCACACUGGUCAGCCGUACCCGUAUAGGGCGCAGUGA